AUGGGUGAUUGGAGCUUCUUGGGGAGACUUUUGGAAAAUGCACAAGAACAUUCCACGGUGAUAGGCAAGGUCUGGCUGACAGUGCUCUUUGUCUUCAGGAUCUUAGUGCUGGGAGCAGCCGCCGAAGAAGUCUGGGGAGACGAACAGUCUGAUUUCACAUGCAACACCCAGCAGCCUGGUUGUGAAAACGUCUGCUAUGACAAGACCUUCCCAAUCUCCCACAUCCGCUUCUGGGUGCUUCAGAUCAUCUUUGUGUCGACGCCCACUCUCAUCUACCUGGGGCACGUCGUGCACAUCGUGCGGAUGGAGGAGAAGAGGAAAGAGAAGGAGGAAGAGCUGCGGAAGUCUAGCAGACAUGAAGAGGAGAAGGAGCUCUUCAAGAACAGCGACGGGGGGGAAAAGGAGAAACCACCUAUCAGAGAUGAACAUGGCAAAGUCCGAAUCAGGGGAACUCUCCUGCGCACCUACGUUUUCAACAUCAUUUUCAAGACCUUGUUUGAAGUUGGAUUUAUUGUAGGUCAAUAUUUUCUUUAUGGUUUUCACCUGAAGCCCCUAUACAAGUGUGACAGGUGGCCGUGCCCAAACACAGUGGACUGCUAUAUCUCUCGACCCACAGAAAAGACCAUUUUCAUCAUAUUUAUGCUUGUGGUUGCCUGCAUAUCUCUUUUGCUGAAUUUGUUUGAGAUUUAUCACCUAGGAUGGAAGAAGCUCAAACAGGGAAUGAUCAAGGAGUACUCCCCUAGUCAUGUACCGCCAUGCAACAAAACAGAGCCUGAACCCAUGAUCCCCACCCCUAGAACUGCCCCACCCAGUCUUAGCUACCCACUUUAUUACACAGACACCACUGCGGGGGGUCACCAUGCUUGCCCCGCAGCUCCCCUGGAAGAGUUCAAGAUGUCACCUCUUUCUAAGGAUCAGCACCUAUCCACUCCCUUUUACAUCAACAGCAACCAUAACCUGAACACUGAGCAGAACUGGGCAAACCUCGUCACAGAGCAGCAGACUCAUGAGAGGAAACCCACCUCCUCUUCUGCCUCCACCACUAGCAGCGUCCGCAAUGGGCUCAGCAGCGAGGACACACUGGCCAGCAGCAGGAGCUUGAGCGCUGGGAAAAGAGAGCAGGAAGAGGGGCAUGUGACCACUAUAGUAGAAAUGCAUGAGCCCCUUGCUGUCACUGAUACGCGACGAUUGAGCAGAGUAAGUAAGUUUAGCAGCGGUAGAGCAAGAUCGGAUGACCUAGCGAUCUAG